AUGAGGACUGCCUUGGUCUUCGCCUGCCUGGUGGGGAUGGCGUGCGCCUUCUCGGUCAAGAGCUGGCUGCGGAGAGCCAAGUCAGACGACUCGGAAGAAAAUGCGGUGUUCAAGAACAGGCACCGGUAUUACCUGUACAGAUACGCCUAUGUGCAUCCCCCGCAGCGACGGUACCAGGGCAGUGACUCAUCGGAGGAAGAGGGGGAUGGCUCAGAGGAGGAGGAAGGAGGGGUGAGUCCAUCCUAUGCCGGCACCGAGGCAGCUAGCCACCCUGCCAGAGCAGCCCCUGGGGACAGCCAGGGCGGGCUGGGAGAAGAUGUCGCAUCCCUCCAGCAGGGCAAGGACUGCCAAGGGCCCCUGAAGGAGGGCAGAAACAGCGCUGCUGGCAAGGGUGGCGACUCCGAAAAUGAAGACAGUGAUGAGAAUGAGGAGGAGGAAGAGGAGGAGGAGGAGGAAGAAGAGGUAGCCGAGAAUGAGAAUGGCGUCAACGGCACAAGCACCAACACCACCGAGGGGGCAGAUGGGCCUCGAGAAUGAGGAGGAGGAGUGGCUGAGGAGGGCACUGGUGUGGCCGAGGAGGAGGAAGAGGAGGAAGAAGAAGAAGAAGAAGAGGAAGAGGAGGAGGAAGAGGAGGAGGAAACUGAAGCCACCACCAUUGCCAGCACCACCGGCGAAGAGGGGCUGUCCCAGGCAACCACCAUGGGAGAUGUGGGACCCACGGACGCCACCACAGCCGGAGAGCAGUGGGAAUAUGAGGUGACGGCCGGGAGCCAUGGCCGGGGGGAUGAGGGCACCACUGAUGGCAGCUACGUGGAGCAGGAUGAGUAUGCCCGCGGGGACAGCUACCGGGCCUAUGAGGAUGAGUACGGCUACUACAAGGGGCAUGGCUAUGAUGUGUAUGGCCAGGAUUACUACUACAGCCAGUGA